AUGCCGCUGCCAGCUUACCCGCUUUCCUUGGCAGAAAGCCGAUUUUCCUUUCUGGACAGCAGUUGGUCCGAAACGGGCAGACCCCUGCGAAGUGAUUGGCAGUCGGGUAUUCGACUUAUGCGACGUCUUUCUGCUUGGGGUCCGAAGCGUGGGAACGAACCGAGCACGAGGCGCAGCGCUUCGCCCACGGUUGCUCAGACCAAGCGCUUGGUCAACUCUCGUGACCUCUGCGAAUGGACUUCUCGGUUCACCGGCUGCGCUGGAGUCGCAGAUCGGUGCACGGCGAGUAAUUGGCUGGGAUGCCACAUUGCGAGUAAUAGCACUGGGGGACCGGCGUAUGGUCCGCUGCAAUCCCCGCGUAUGAGCAGUUCGCAUCCUCUUUGCGACAUUGAGCAGGUCGCGUCGCGUAAAGAGCACAGCAGCUCACUUCGCACUUUCGCCGGUCCUGUUCUUCGUCGCGAGCGCCCAAUAUCACCUGUGCCAAUGUGGAUUGGUAUCUUCGUGAGACUCUUGUAA